AUGUCAAGGGCCAGCAGUCGACCCUCUGAAAGCCAGGCCAGCUUGCCCGCAAGCCAAGCCAGCUUUCUCGCCCGAGAAUCCUCCACGAUCAUUCCCGCGCUCCUCGAGCUGACCCCUACCACGCCCCGGGUAGGACUAGGACUAGGACAGGUCGACGAGCACUCCCCGAGUUGGCUCCAGCGUGUGGUCGAUGCCGUCAUCGCGCCAGCUGGGCAAGAGAAGAGAGUUGCUGAUUGGUCCGGGGGGUUUUCUUAUUUGGCAUGA